CGCGUAUUCCGGAUUGGCGUGUUGACUGUCAUUCGUGGUUUCUUUGUCACCAGAAUGUUAUAACGUACUUAUGAGAAAAGGGUCCAUUCCAGUAACAUUUUAUGUUAAUACUGUGAGAUAGUGCAGAUAGGUUUAAUUAGGAAAUAGUGUUGGGAGUUAAGGUCAGGAGUUAGUGUUGUGUCAAGGUAGGGGUCAGGGAUAAGGAUGAAUAGUUAGUCACUUCGUUGCUUAACUCUGUUCAGAGAUCAGUCUCUUUAAAAGCCUUAUUCGCUUGCAGUAUGUGAGUGACAGCUCCUUCUGGUGAAGACUCAUCGAUUGCGAUUAAUUAAUCUCAAUUGAUAAGUCUUGAAAUAGUUUAAACCAUUUCAACAUUGGCAAGCCAAAUAAGAUUGCUUUUUAUUCCUCACCCCGCUUGUUUAUCCCCGCUGGUUCGAAAUAGGUAAAACAGCGUAACAACUAGCAUAGGAACCAGUGAAGGUUGAUGGGAUAAAACCACGAGAAUACGUACAAUUUAUUAAGGCGUUCUGACUGUAGCUUGUAUAUUCCUUACGACUUUCAGCAGACAUCAUCGUACAUAUAAGCCAUCAUCAUUGAUCUCCUGCUGUUAUAUGAUAAUUAGUUACAACCUGUCAGUUGGACUGAAAUCUGAUGACCAAUUAUGUUAUUGUUCAUCCAUUCCGUCGGUCAUUUUAUAGUAUUUCCAUUUAUAACUGGACAUCCACUUUGUCAAUAUGCAAUGUUCGUUGGAUUUAUCCGAAAGAAAACUAGAGGGGGUGACACUAAAACUUGGCAUUUCAUUAAUCUAUUGAAUGAUAGCCGUGUUGGUACGUGCAGACUAGCUCGUUAGGGUUCACUCGACUAUUGUAACCAGUUAUUGAAAACUAGGUGGCGUGCCUCAAAAUUGAAGUGAAUGAUGCAGGUCCAUUUACCUUUCCUUUUUUACGUCCUGAGUCCUUAAACUAUUUGAAACUUUUCAUUACUCCACGAGUUGAAGUUUUCUCGAGCCACAUCUAUGUCUGAUCUUUUUUAAUUAUUGCUAUUACUGUCACUAUUUUACCGUUUUAGUAUUUGUCUUGACAAAUACUCUUUGCGCUUACAUGGUGUGGCAACUUAAAUCAGUGCCGGCAUACGCCAGCUUCAACAUUGCUUAUAACUGACUUAUUUUAUACUUGACUUUAAACAUUCUAUUGGUUAAUGUUUAAACCCGAAGUCAAAUUAGUUAAAUUAUUUAUACUGUCGUCUUGUAUAUGUUGGCAAGUUAAUAUCUAUUAAAAUUAAAGAGCAGCUGAUACUUCAAGUUCACUUCGUUUUCUAUUUUUAAAAGUGGUGAUGUUUAUUAUGUAUGUUUAUUUUUUGUCCGGUCUUUUUUUCGUUACCUUUUUUCGGUUCUACCUCUAUUGGGUUGGAUAUGCUAGCUUUUAGUCAUGCAGUUUUGUGUCAGACUCUACAUUCCACCCGUCUUAUUUUGAUAUAAAUUGGAGUUGCCAUAGCCGCUAAUUAUUUAGAAACUCAACAUUAAUUCGUUUUCACAGCCAUAUACUUAAACGAAUUGAUAUUCUUUGUAUUUCAUAAGUUCUUUAUCUUUCUACUUGUCAGUUCUAAAGGUUACCGUUAAACGCAGGAGUACUCGGGGUUUUUUGUAUCAAACCGCAGGGUUAAUAUUAUUUAUGGCUAGUAAAAAAUGUAUGCCCUUAAUAACUAACUACAAAUCAGAUGAUUCCUCAUUGGAUGAUGGUGAUGCUGAUUGUGAUGAUAUCUUUAAUAGUCUCACAGAGAAUAGUCCAAAUAAUGCUCUUGAUGAAGAUGAUCAGCCAUUGUCUAAUUUCCGUCCUCUUCACUCAUCACAAAAUGAUUUUCUAAAAAGUUUGACUGUUAUGCAACCAUCUAAAAAUGAUUCCUCUAUCGGUUCAUUUAAACAACAACUCACAUCUACUGAAGACUCAAUAUUACCAAAUAUAUCUGAUUCAGAAGAUUCUGAUUCUUUCUCAUCCAGUACUGAUGAGGAGUUCAAGAAAUUGGUGGAUACUUCUUCUUCAUUACCUGUAACUGAACUCCUUAGGUCCAAACAAUUUACACUUAUGUAUAGCGAUAAAAACUAUCAAAAAGGCAAAUCAGAUAGAAUAAUAAAUAUAGGUUAUUCACAAUUUUUUCAAGAAAUUCAAUCGGCUAUAAAAUAUGAACAACCUAAUGCAAGUUUCCAUGAUAUAUGUCAAUUAGUUGAUGAACGCUGGAAUCAAUUAUCAAAAAUCGAGAAAAAAGAGUACAAGAAACAUUCUGUAGGAUCAAUGGAAUCACAAAAGAUGACCUCUUUAUCAAAAUGUAGAUCAAAACUGCUCAGUUUAUUAAGCGAAGACAAUAAACAAUGCUGUAAUCCCACGUGUAAAAAUCCAGUUUCCUAUGAUCCUCGUUGGAAUGGUCAGUAUUGUUCAACCAAAUGUGUUGGAGAACAUUGUCAAUUAACCUUUAUUGAUUGGUGUAAUAAUAAACGUUAUGAUGGGAAGAUUUUAAAUGAUACUUUAUAUACAGUUCAAAGGAUUCCAGUUAUGUCUCCUGUUGAAACAAAUAUGAUGAGUAUAAAAUCUUCUACACAUAAGAAUGAUAAUACUAUUAUCAAUACUUCCAUCAACAUUACUACUAUGACUACUACUGCUACUACUACUACUAGUGGUACUACUGAUAAUAAUAAUAAUAAUAGAGAUAUUAUGAUUGAUUCAUCCGAUUGUGUUUCAGUUAGCUUAAAAAGAAAACCUUUAUUUGAAUCAUUAAGAUCUGAACAAUUUAAUACUCAAUCAGUUUUAAUUAGAUCAUCAAAUACUUCAAGUCCAUCUUCUACAGGACCAACAUCAAAUUUAACUUUAUCUUUAUGAAUAAUAGAAUAAUAAUAAUAAAUUAAUAAACCUUUGAAUUUGUUCUUCACCUUCCCUGUCUCCUUCCCUCCCUCCUUCGCUCUCUCUCUCUCUCUCUCUCG